AGUUGUAUACAUAUUGUCAAAAAAUUGUGAGGGGAGAAGGCAGAUCGCUGUACGGUUUUGUUCCUGCAAAUCCUUACUAAUUCUGUCCAUCAUUGGAGUUGUAACCAGUUGUGUAUCACAUGUUAUGUUGAUUCGAAAGGGAACGACCAAAAUGACGGGUUCAACAACCGAAGAUGGGUUGUUAAAUCAAGUGAACGGAAACUUCAUCUGCGGUGUCGUGGAAGGUUUCUAUGGAAGGCCAUGGACCACAGAACAACGUAAACUUCUCUUCAAAUGGAUGAGUGAUAUGGGUCUGAAUACUUACAUGUAUGCCCCAAAAGAUGACUAUAAGCACAGAGCAUUUUGGAGAGAACUUUACUCUGUUGAAGAGGCUGAAAACCUUACUGGACUCAUUGAGGCAGCUGAUGAAAACAAUGUCACAUUUGUGUAUGCCAUCUCUCCUGGGUUAGAUAUUUCGUUUUCUAACAGUAAAGAUGUCCUUUGUCUGAAGAGGAAACUCGAGCAGGUAGCAGCAUUUGGGUGUAAAGCAUUUGCCUUGCUAUUUGAUGACAUUGACCCAGAAAUGUCUGAAGCAGACAAGACUACAUUCCAGUCCAGUGGUCAUGCUCAGGUGUCUGUCACUAAUGAGGUGUAUCAACAUCUAAACCAGCCUAGAUUCCUUUUUUGUCCAACAGAGUACUGCUCAACGCGUGCUAUCCCCUCAGUGAGUAACUCUGAGUAUCUGACCACACUGGGCUCAAAACUCCUCCCAGAUAUUGACAUCAUGUGGACAGGCCCCAAAGUCAUAAGCAAAAAGUUAACUAUCCAGUCUCUGGAAGAAGUAGCCAAAGUCUUGCAGAGACCUCCACUCAUAUGGGAUAACAUCCAUGCUAAUGACUAUGACCCGAGGAGAUUGUUUCUUGGUCCGUAUGAUGGACGAUCACCAGAGAUUAUACCCUACCUCAGAGGAGUUCUAACAAACCCCAACUGUGAAUUUGAAGCUAAUUACAUCCCAUUACACACCCUAGCUCAAUGGAGUAAAUCCAAUGCUGAAGGAGUCAAAAAAGAUAUUAUUGCAGAAAAUCGACUCAGUCCAGUGACAGCAGACAUUCGACUUGAGACAGAGCAGGACUUUGAAUCAGACGAAGACAUCCCUUCACGGUUUGACAUCCGAUAUCAACCACACAAGGCUUUAAAAUGUGCAUUGUCCGAAUGGAUGGGUGAAUUUUCUGCUAAUAGACAUCCACAGACUGUAGGUUGUGUCAAACCAGGUGUGGCAUUACCUUUACCAACAGUGAACACCUGUAUGUCUGUGACAGUUCCCACCACAACAAUAGCACAAGAAGGAUUGCCUCCAGCUGCUCUGCCUUUAGCAAAUGGCAUCAACAAUAUGAACCAGCUUCAAGCAUUGUCAGAAAUUAACACCUAUGUGCAACCUACAAUGAAUCCUGUGAACAGCCUGGUUGAUUUGCCAGAGAAAGAUCCAAGCAUUCAGGCUGAAAUUGCUGAGCCUAUGGAUUAUGUCCCUGUUCCUCCUGUCUCUGCUCCUAUUGACAUUAUCAAAAACAAACAGGAUACAGAAAUGCAGGUGGAUGGCGAGUCAGAAGCAGAAUCUGUGGCUUCUCUUGACAACAUUGUAUCCAAAGUUAAUUUACAAAGUGAUGACCCAUUUUGCUAUGAAGACCUAGAACUACUGGUGGAUCUCUUCUACAUGCCCUUUGAGCAUGGCUCUCGGGGUCUCAAUAUGUUAAUGAAUCUGAACUGGUUGAAGAUGAAUGCACACAUUAUGGCUGAAAACAAAGGCAAAUUAACUCCAGAGGUUGAAGAAUGGGACAAAAGAGCAGAGGAUUUUGAUAAAUUCGUCCGUAGUGUGGACUGCCUGUUGAAGCAUCUGUCCUCAGUCUCCAACAAAGCCCUCUUGGCCGACAUGUUCCCAUACGUCUGGGACAUGCUGGGAGUCUUGAGAGCCUGCAAUGGAUAUGUCAAAUGGCUUGGGGAAGGACAGGUGCCCUACCUGAGCGUGUUCCACAUGCAGGGCUGCCUUACAUGGAUGACAAAGAGCUAUAAGGAGGCUUUCAUCAGUGGAGAACAGGAGCCUUGGAUGUUUCGCAGUGGUCUCCAGGGGGAGUUCCAACGUAUGUUGCUGGUUGAUGGAGCGCAUGAUCUUUUCAUGCUCAAGCCCCCAGAUGUUGUCUGCUGUAAAUCCUACACAAUCCGGCCAUACCAAAUCAGUGAUGAGCCUGCUGUCUACAGGAUAUGCCGUUUAACAUAUGAAGAUGCCAUUGAUAGAUCUGAAGUCUUUCCUGGUCUACCUAACCUCAUUGGAGACAAACUUGUAGGUGGCCUGGUUACAUUAAGUCCAGAAUAUUGCUUUGUUCUUGAGGAUGAGGAAGGAGUGUUUGGUUAUGGAUUAGCUGCUCUAGAUUGUAAACAGUUUGCUCAGCGAUGUCAAAUUGCUUGGUCACCUGCCUUAUGUGAGAAAUACCCCAAACCUGUGAAGGAGACCCUCACUGCUGCUGAUGAGGUGAUAUCUGAUUUCCACCAGACCCAAGUUCCAGUCCCUUUCAGUAUUGCAACUCGAUACCCAUCCAUUGCCCGCAUUGAUGUCCUGUCUGGGCGAUUGGCAGAUGAGGCUGUACCAAAGAGACUGCUGGCCUGUAUGAUUUCUGCCCUCAAGACAAAUGGCUCCAUAGGAAUCCACGUUGGCCUGAGUUCAGGAGACAAGUGCAUGUUUGACCACUACAGCAGGCUGGGCUUCUGUCCAUUAGGUAACCAGGAAGGCACACCAGAGGGCUCCGUCUUCCUUGGCCGAAUUAUUUGACCCCUUUUCCAAGAGCACAAGGACAUGUGGAUGACUAGAUGAUGCAGAGUUACCUCCGCUUGUCUAGGUCCUUAAUUUUCAUCCCAUACUCGUCUGUGAUGUAACUGUUCCAUAGUGGAACUUGUCUGGUCAGAAUCUGGUAAUAACUUGUUCCAUUGAAAUGUUUGAGCAUGUGCUAAUACUCUUCAGUCAUUUGGUGAGCACGUGUACCUACAAUCGCAGUUAUUUAUUUAUUUCUUAAGAUUUUGAUAAUAAAUUAAGAUGUCUACAUAUUUUUGGCUAAUCUUGAAACACAAGCAGGGGAGGUAUGUGUAAUCUUUAAAUUUGUAAUGACUUUCCAUUCACCAGUAAGUGCUAGUGUCAUCCAUAUCAUUAUGUAAACACCAAGCAGCUGUGCAUGCAUUGUGUUUAAAAUAAAUAGUUCUUACAAAAGGAACAGUGCUUCUUUGGAUUUUUUGUGUAGUACAGUGGUUUGUGAAUGUCGGUGUUAGUCUGCUCGUGUCCAAUCGGUUUCCUCUACUCCUGAACCUAACUUCAAUGAAGUGGAACAUAACCGUUCUUCCAGUUUCCUAAUGGUAAAAGACUAAGACACUGGUCUACAUAGUGAAUACCCCAUCAAGUAAUUAUGAAACUGAUAUUUAUGAUGCUGCUUUUGUGCAGAUACUUUUGAGAUCGUCUUUGGAAAGGAGUUAAAGUCCAUAAGACAAUGCACAACGCGUACAGCGUAAAAGAUCGGUACAAUCAAAUGAAAAGAGGAUGGUUUAUAGCGAUCAUUUUUUCUGUGUUUCCGUGGGUCUUAGUUGAGGU